AUGAAAUCAUGUGUUGCAGCUCCCUCGGCUCCGCUCAAACUGAGGGUGGCCGGCUACAGCUUCAGUGAGAUCACCGUCGAAUGGCAACGACCAACCGUCUCGAACGGAAUUCUCGAAGGCUACAUCGUCAAGGUCGUCAACACGGUGACUGGAUCGACUGUGAUCAGGCUGAGUAUCGGACAAGCCGACAACCCGACAACCGUGUACAACUUGGAGCCGAGAACCAACUAUACGAUCACCGUGGCUGCUGUGACGCAGCCCAACACAGAGGGCAUGGGCGGAGGACAAGGACCGUUCAGCGACGGUGUCAACCAGACCACAGCUCCCGGA